AUGAUGGUGGCCGAGCACACCAAGCCCCAAAUACCAGAAGACUGCACCUCCACGCCUGCCACCUGCGGUGUUUCCCCGGGUCCUACAGUGGGCCUUGGGAUUGCCGCCAUCUUCUGCUGCUUCCUCUCAGCUUGCUUCGCCCAGGUGGCCGUUCGCGGGCCCCACACAGCGUACUUAUCAAUGAGCAAGGCGUUUGUGAAGCACCACCGGUGGGGGGUCUCCGUCUGGUACUGCCUAGCGUGGUGCUUCACGCUUGUGCCUGUGUGCUACAGCUCAUAUCUAGUCUGGGAGCAAUCAACAGGCAGUGGGGUAGUCCCGGUGGGGCUGUUUGCGGGCAUGGGCCUCAUCAUGCUCUGUUCGGGAGUGCUCUGGGUGGGCUUCGUAGCCAUGAACUUCAACGCCGAUAGGCUCAUUCUCAGCGGGAUAGUGGAGGACGAGGAUGAGGAUGUGAGUAUGGUGAUUAUGAUUCAUGGGAGAUGGGUAUCCAUGAACUUCAACGCGGAUAGGCUCAUCCUCAGCGGGGCCGUGGAGGACGAGGAUGAGGAUGUGAGUUUCAUGUGUGGUGUGCGGUAUGCGUGGGUAUAUAUGCAUGGGAGAUGGGUAUUGAGUGUGCGUGGCUGUAUUGUAUGCAUUCAUGGGAGGUGGGGUAUGCCAUGGAGGUGGGGUAUGCCAUGGAGGUGGGGUAUGCCAUGGAGGUGGGGGUAUGCCAUGGAGGUGGGGUAUGCCAUGGAGGUGGGGUAUGCCAUGGAGGUGGGGGUAUGCCAUGGAGGUGGGGGUAUGCCAUGGAGGUGGGGGUAUGCCAUGGAGGUGGGGUAUGCCAUGGAGGUGGGGUAUGCCAUGGAGGUGGGGUAUGCCAUGGAGGUGGGGUAUGCCAUGUGUGGCUAUGUAUUCAUGAACUUCAACGUGGAUAGGCUCAUUCUCAGUGGAUGA